AUUUUUCAAGAUAACAUUUGGCAAAGGAAUAACUUGAUCGUCGUUUUAUUUUAAUUUUAAUACAAUAAAUUUAAAGAUGAUUUUAAUGAUAGCAGACAUCUAGGAAAUUUUCAUAUAAACUUGAAAAAUAUUCAGCUCAAUGACCGAUAUAUUUAGUGAUGUAUAAUCUAAUUGAUUUAAAAUUAAGUUACAGUUUAUCAUACAUAUGUUGGUAAAUUAUUUGAUAUUUUAGAUGGGGUUUUAUUUUCGUAGACUGGUGGUAAUUUAUUAUUUCAUAUGGAAUAAGCCUUGAACACGUUUGGGCAUUUAAAUUAUUCAAUUUUUAUUAAUAAUUUUCAAAAUUCAACGAUAGAUAUAAUUUGUGCUGAUAGAUAUGCCCGUAUACAUUUAUUGGAUUUAUAUAAAUCUAAAGAAAAUAAAGUAUUUACGAUAUAUUUUCUAAUGAAUUUUCCAGAAAUACAGUGAUGUCAUCGACGUUCAAUACAAAUAGAAUAAAAAUUAACCAUUUUAUUUAAGUAUUUGGAUGAAAGAAAAAGUUGAAACAAACAAAAUAAACUGGUGACCUUCGUCAAUACCCUUAUAAUUAAUUGGUAUUUAUUUAAGAAACUUGCUGGGGAUCACUAACUUUCAUUGCGUGUGGAUCUGAAUGCUGCCCGAAAUUUUAAAGCGUUAAUUGAAACGAAAAUAACUCAUUCAACAACAGAGAACAAUAUAAACGCGCAUAAAUACUAAAUGAAUUCAAUCAACGAUGUACAGACAAUGGAUCAAAGAUUUAAUAAAUCACAGUAAAAUUAAUAAAGGAGAAAAAUAUUUUUGAUAUCUUAAGAAGGAAGAUAAUUUAAUGACACAUAAAAAAUAUAUCCAUAUAUCUAAUAUGAUAAUAGUUUGAAUGAGUUGCGUCUGCAAUAGUGUCUUUUCCUCCCACACACGCGGGACAAAUCUGGACCACGAUCGAUUGUAGGGAAUAUUCUUGGUGGCGUCGGAAUGUCUGGACACUAUGAUGGAAAGUAAAAUAGUGAUGUUAUAACAAUUAUAACAUUUCAAUAAAUUUUUAAAGGGCAUGACGCAUACAAGAUAAAUAAGUAGGAAAAGAGGAAGGGAAUACACAAGUACAAUUCAAGGGGUGUAAAUGGUCAUGAAUUUGAGUUGUUCUUGCUCGCUCUUAGGGGUUCAGAUGGAAAAACGUGAAGGAAGAAAGUAAGAUGGGAAGCUGGUUCAUAGUUAAAAUAGAGAAAGAUGAAGAAAUUGUGGCCGCGAUAUUGUCGCGCGCACAAGAACCGAAGGAGGGAUGUGUACACUGGAUACCACCGAUAUAUUAUAUGGGGUAUAAAUACAUGAAUCGCGCAAGCUCCAAUCAUCAUUUGGUCUCUGAAUUUUCCAAAGUUAAAACUCUUAUCUAAACGUUACUUUAAAAUCGCGAUAGAGCUUUGCUUUAUAGUUUUUUUAACCGCAUUUAUUUGUCGUAGUGCAUUUUUAAUAUAUCACGUGUUAAAAAAAAUCUAUAUACAUUAUUUUCCAAUUUACACAAUAAUUGGAAUUAUUUAAACCCCAACUGGAGCAAAUUUAACGUGUUACAGGAUAAUAAUGAAUCUUCAAUGGGCAUUAAUAACAUUGACUAUCUUGGGCUGGUGGUCGCAUGCGAAUGCUAGAGGAUUAGCUAGACCUGAUUGCGAGAGAUUCGUAUUUCACCCUCAUUGUAGAGGAACGCAAGCCAAAAAACGGGUUAUUACAGAUUCUACAGCUAUUAACAGUAAUAUUAAAGAUAAUAAUGCGGAAAGAUUAUGCAUAUGCAAAUACUUGACCAAAAGCGGAAAAAGAGAUUUACUGGCUCUUACAAAAUUACUAGAAACAAUGCUCGCUAAUGGUGUUGACGUCAAUAUGCUUUACGACGCGUAUUCAAAUAUGGGACUGUUAUCAAACAAAGAUGGUAAUGAUAAUUUGAGAUCAACGCAUCGUACAAACCAACUGAGCAGAAAUAGUGAUAAUGUUGAUUAUAAUAAACCGGAUAUUGACUUGGAUUACUAACACAAGACGACACUAAAAUAACAAUAAUAAUAACGAUUAAGAUGUCAAGUAUUUUACGCGAUCGUAUUAAACUAAACUUAAUUAAAUGAAUUUAUUGUUUGUAAUGUUAAAGUAACAAUUGAUACAAAGCAAACAAUUUUUUGAAAAAAAUCAGUCAAUAUAUUUAUGAUAAAAAUAAUUUUAAUGUGAAUUAAUAAUUUAAAAUUUUAAAUCCUUCCAUUGUAUAUAUG